AUGGCAAAGGACUCGGUUCCCGGGGCGUCUAAGGACUUGGUUCCAAGGAAGGCAAAUAAGACGGCUCAGAAGGUGGCACAGGACUCGGUUCCAAAUGCAGUCGAGAGAGAAACGGCUAACAUUGGAAAUUACCUGCAUAUGAUACGAGAACAGUUGACAAAAGAAUGUCAGUCGUACGAAAUCGCGUCAAACAGCGACAUCAUUAACGAUUCUGCGACGGUGGCUACGAUGAACCAACGAGUACUGGACGCGAUAAAGGCGAAAAAAAUAUUUUCGGUACAAGGAUAUUAUCCAAUCGUUUCGGAAGAAAUGAAAAAAAGAGGUUGGAUUGAAAAAAAGGACCCGGGAUUGAAUCCACUAGAUUAUAAAUAUUUCAUUACUUUAAUGUCGGCAACGAAUUACUGCGGGACGUUCGAUAUCUCAUCGCCGCCGUCGUUGAGCGGGAUGUCCGUGAGUGCCUUGGUCGAGGAAAUUUUAGCCAACGAUCGCGCGUGGCCGUUGGUUAGGGACGUGGUUCCAAGCUACGUGUUCACCACGAAAAGCAGUGCCGAACAGAAUGAGGUCGUCGACGGUGCCACGGCUUUGAGCCAACUGGGUCGUUUGAGGUUUGGCAACAAAGCAGGACUGGGCGAGACCGUGGCGAGUGUGUCGAGCGAACGAAACGUUCGAUUCCCGAGGACCUACGGCAUCUCGAACUACAGUUUGCAGUUGGACGUGUUCGUAAAGGAUUACCGAUUGACCGCGGUCGUGGGCUCGUUGAAGUAUAUAGUUCGUUUCAAACGCUCGGAGAAAACGAUAUUCAGCAAGAACGGAACGAUUCCGUUCGCAAUGAUUAACUUUAUCGAACUACGUUGUCGUGAAUUCAUACACGCUUAUCGAAGCACAAGUAAAAGAGAUAUUUUAUGGUUUACCACGGAGCUAGUGGAAAGUUGGAACGAUUUCAUCGCGUGGAGUUAUGAACUCUUAGAACGAGGCCGUAAUAUCCGUCUGCUUCAAUGGUUUCAAAUUAACGAUAUUUUUGAGCGGCUCGACCAUAUAGCGCAGACGAUUAAAUCGUACUGUCCGCAAUAUUUUAUCGAUGGCGAGACGAAUCUGUGGAUUCUGAAACCGUCCAACAAGUGUUCCGGUGCAGGGAUACAGCUGGAAAGAAAUUUCGAGAACAUUAGGGAAUUUCUUAAGAAACCGAAUGUAAUCAGACAGAAUUACAUAAUACAGAAAUAUAUAGAAAGACCGUUGCAGAUUUUCAAAGUUAAAGUGGAUCUACGGCAGUACUUUUUGAUCACGAACACACGUCCGAUAAAAAUUUGGAUGUACAGGGAAGGAUACGUAAAGUUCUGUUCGUUACCGUUUUCCGUGAACGACCUGAGGGACGGGGUUCACUUGAGCAACGUCAAGGUGCAAUCGAGAUAUAGAAUGUUCAGAGCAUCUGGUGUGCCGGAGGAGUGCAUGUGGGAUUUCGCGCAGUUCAAACAGUACCUGGCGUCGAUUGGCAAGGGUAACGAGUGGGACGCGUCGAUAUACCCGAGCAUGUGUGAAACGAUCACGGUCGUGGUUCUCGAUCACCUCAAGCGCAACCUCGGCAAAAUGCAUUCGUUGUCUUCAUUCCAGUUGCUCGGAGCGGAUUUCGCGCUGACGGAGAACCUUGAGCCUUGGCUAAUAGAAAUCAACAGUAAUCCUGGCCUGAGUCCGAAUACGUAUGUCAUUAACAACGUUGUUACGACGUUGCUGAAGGACAUAAUCAAAGUUACUGUAGAUUUUCCACUCGAUUCAACUACAGAUACUGGACUUUUCGAGCGAAUUUGCACUAACACAUCUGUAAAACACGGCAACUUUACGAAAACCGACACAAAGGAAUAUUAUUACCACCAGCCACUCAAGAGCACUAUAAAACACGGCCACAAGUUAUUGAAAAAAUAAAAAAGAUGAUUAUCACAUACGUGUUCCCAGCCCCCCACAUUGAAAUUCUCAAAUUUUUUUUGGCCUAGAAAAUUUUUUUUUAAUAAGUGAUUUUGAUGUGUGGAGAGGGUCGGAGACACAUGUCUACAGCCUCCUCACCUAUUUUUCGUAACUUAAUUAAAACACUUGCAAAUACAUGCUAAUUAUAUGUUAAAUAUUUGCCAAAAA